GGCUUGCCUUGGCCAUCGAUCCUAAUCCAUCUUGCCUAUUCACCCAUCGCGUUGUCCCGUCGCUGAUUCCCCAUAGGUUAACCUCCCCAGGUUCGCAGUUGACGCUCGCCAACUCCCGUCCCCCCUCUCUAAAUCACCUUCAUCCUACGCGCCCAUGAGCCCGACCAAGCUGCCCUAGCUGACCGACCCUUCUCCCCCAACCGUCGCGCGCGUCGGCCCUCGGACAUCCAUCAAAGCUUGCCCCCGUCCCGCGCAGCGCAUGGAACGACUCGCGCUUAUGCUCUGGUGCUCCAUCCCGCCCAUCUGUGCAGACCGGAAGGCAAAUGCAAUGAGGUAGUUGGUCCGAGUUGACCACAGCGGGAAACCAACAGUAUCGUGGCUCCGCCGUUCGAGGCUAUCUACCAUGGCAAACCUGCAGCCCGGCCCUCAGAAUGGCAUCGCGCCUCAGUUCGACCGGCAGGCCUACCCGCAGCCGGCAGGCAGUGCGUACCAACAGCAGGACGGCUCGAAGCCCUUCACACUAACCGAGGCGCUCCCGUACACGCCAUUCACCUCGGUGUUCCCCUUCGAACCAGAUAUCAUCAACAACCCGACCAUAGGCUCAGGUCCCCUGGCACCUUCACUUGCCGACCUCGUCUCGCGUGAGGACUAUGAUGCUUUGAAUAAGGAGGCCGAGAAUUCUACACCGUCUAAGCGUGUCGAGGAAAGCCUCGAGUUCGUGCAGCACUUGCUCAGACCCGACAAAAUCACCCAAUUCCAGUUCAAGACUGCGCCUAGGACGGGCUCCUCCGUGCUAGCCUCUAAACCCUCGAGAAGCCUCGCUGACGGGAUAUCACCUUUUGCGAAGCUGGUCUACGAGAGUACCGGUGGAUCUGCCCGCCAUCCUCCCCCCGAUGCUUCGAGCGCUUCCACUCUAAACGGUCACGCAAUGUCUCCUCGAGUUGCUAAGGGAGCGUCGCCCAAGGUGCGCCGGCAAGAACCACCAAAAGUCGUCAAGCAUAACCCUGUUGCCACUUCGAAUCUCCAGGCGGUGGCUCAAAAUAAGUCUCGGAUCGAGAUACACUUGCCCACGCGAAAGGAGCUAGAUGCGGCGGCUUCCGUGUAUGCGUCGGCACGAUCUCCCGCUCCGCCCUCCCCAGCUCCACAUGUUCCGUCUCAGACAGUCUCACUCGCCGACUUAGUGGUCACGCCAAAAGCACCCGCUCUCCCGGUCUCGCACGCAUCUCCUCCAUCCAUGACUAAAGUGUCAUCCGAGACGCCGCAACCCUUGCGGGCCGUCACACCCAAAUCGGAAGUGCUGGGGGUGCCCGAACCCUUAGCGGAUAGGAAACAAUCUACUCCAUCGUCGGCAGCUCGCAGACUGGCUAGCAUUAGUAUUGAAUUGCCUGCAGCGAGCUUCGAUAAAGACGAAUUCGUCGUAGUUCCUGAGUCGCCUGAUACUCCGACACAUCUAUCUACGAAAAGGAAGCAUGCCUCCCAUGAUGAUUAUGAAGACCCCCUCGGCGGCGAGCUCAACCAGCGCGAGCUCGCCAACGCCGCUUUUACGGACUUACGUAGAUGCCUCCAAGAGAUAUUUACCGCCGAGAGCUACCUGUCUAACGGACAGAAUGUCGCGUCGCAUCUGGUCGUGUUGACGAAUGAGCAGGAACCCACCAUGACGAUAGCUGCGCAUGAUAAAGCGCAAAGGCAAAUAAACAGGGCUAUCGACCUCGGAUGUUUCCGACAGGCGCCUCUGGAUGACCUCCUUCGGAUCCAGAGCCUGAGCGAGGGCUCCCUGAAGCACGCCGAUACGCUGGAUUUCAAGCUGGACGAGACCUGGGGCGAGACUGAGGUCGGAUUUUGGGUGCAGCAACUUCGUGACAUCGAAACCGGACUGAAAGCCGCCCGCACAUCGCUCCGCAUCAUGUGUGGCGGUCGAGAAGAGAAACAGAUAUAUUCCGAAGAUCUGAUACAACGAGGGCUAAGCCUCUUCAGAAAUGUCAUUGGGGAUAUCAUCAUCCCUACAGCUGAGAUGCGGAGCACCGGUCCUACCAGCAACUUGUUCCGCCUCCUUACAACACACAGAAAGGCUAUCGGUACUCUAUUCACUACUUGCCAGAAGCUCUUCUCUCUCAUGUCGGAUCUAAUAACAAGCAUCGACCUCUCCGAAACUGUCGUCAAUACCCUAGAAUUCGUCGCAUCUGGCCUAAUUUUUGUUGAGAAUGCGCAUAGCGAAAAGGAUUCGGUGGUCGGCAUUCAAAAGUUCGAUGCCCUUCGACUGGUCGCCAUGAACGUGUUAUCUCACAUCUUCCUCAUGAAUCCAGCGCAAAGAGAGGGCAUCUUCAAUGAAAUCCUAACAUCUCUUGAGAAGCUACCUAUCGGUAAGCAGAGCGCGAGGCAGUUCAAGCUUUCGGAAGGGAAGAGUAUUCAGCCGGUCUCGGCUCUCAUCAUGCGAUUGAUCCAAGCCAGCGCCGGGAAAGUCGACGAUCACAAAGAAAAACUUCGCGGUCGGAUGAUGCAGUCCUUGGAGGAAGGUAGCGGACAUUCCGAUGCCGCCGAGGAUACCAAUGCCAGAGCGGAAGUUUUUUAUACGAUUAAGACGGAGGAUCACGCAGCGAUUCACAAUUCGACUGCUAUCCAGGAAUUGCAAACUCUUGCAAAAUCGCUUUCCGACGGUGCCUACCGGAACGCCACUUACGUCGUCAAUUUCAUAGUGAAGCGCGCAUUGAAGUCCACCAAGUCUGGAGACACACCGUAUCGAAAUUUGUUGGACUUGUUUAUCGAAGAUUUCACGACUUGCCUGGACUCCCCCGAUUGGCCCGCCGCAGAGUUACUGCUUCGGCUCACCAUGUACAUGAUGUUUCAGCAAGUAGACGGCGAUAAGAAUGCGGCGCCGGCAAGAAAUAUGGCACUGGAGCUCCUGGGUGUCAUGGCGGCGGCCAUCUCGAGGUUAAGAUCUCACGUCCGAAAGAGCGCCGCCAAUUACGAGGGGGGAGACACGGAUGAGCUUGGUCGGUGGCUAGCCGACCUGACCCUCAAUGUUCUCGAGGGCAACAUGUCGAUGGAGAAGACUAUUAGCUGGCUAGGUCCUUACCGCGUCGUUCUAGAGUACCUGCAGGAUCGUUUAGGAGACGAUCCCUAUCUCAAAGGCGCCAUAUCGUAUCUCAUAACGGAUUGGGGCUCGCAGGUUUGCGUCGCCUAUGAUUCUAACUCGAGCGAGGUCUCGGAAGAACGAGACGCGGAGCUGGGAAGGGUCGCGUUUCGCCUCCGCAAUAUGAUCGAAGAUCCGAAGUGGCUUUCUAGAGAAUACAGCUUCAAGUCGGUUGCCUCGGGACACGCGAAGCUCUCCCACUCGACCAUCUUGCUUAGGUCCAGCUUCUGCGCGUCGUUUAAAAAUAUCCUGAACGUGCUCAUGGGGUCUAUGACUACGGACCAAGCAACCGUGCGCAGUCGUAGUCUCAAGAGCAUCAACCUCGUACUCGAUACUGACCCGACAAUCCUCGACGGCGACAGCGUCUUCAUUCAGCUAAUCCUACAGUGUUCCAGCGACUCCUCGCCUCAGGUACGCGAUUCAGCGCUGGGCCUCAUCGGGAAAUGUAUGAGCAUGCGUCCUAGGCUAGAAGAGAGGAUGACGCCGACGGUCCUUCAAAGAUUUGUUGAUUCGGGAUUAGGUGUGCGAAAGAGAGCGAUGAAGCUGGCUAGGGAUAUAUACCUAGGCAACGAGAGUAAGGAGGUUCGAAGCACCAUUGCAAACGGAUUGCUCCACCGCACGCAGGAUCCAGAUGAGGGCGUGCGAGACCUUGCGAAACAGAUGAUAGAGGAAGUCUGGAUAUCCCCUUUCUACAAGGACGACGAUUCUGUCGCUUUUAAGCAAUCUCUGACCGACCACGUCGCCCUUAUGGUGCAGACUGUCAGACUCGGAAAUACCGCCUUUGUCCUCGACAAGGUGUUCCAAACGAUACUUUCGCCUGAUUCCAAGCUUGCCGAAGCCAAUUCCCGGGUCUGCACGAGGCUGGUCGCAAACCUCGUAGACCUCAUCAGCAGUCCCGAUUCCGACGACCCGUCGAUUCCGACCAGCAGAGACGCCUUUCAAGUCCUCAUGAUUUUUGCCAAGGCCGACCCCAAACUAUUCACCUUUGAGCAGAUUAGACAACUGGAGCCUCACAUCGCCAGCGUCAGCACAAGUGAAGAUUUAGCAGUUUCGAGGGCUGUUGUCGUCAUCUACCGUCGCGUUCUGCCGCAAGUGUCUAGCGUGCAUUCCAAGUUCCUCGCUGAUGUCCGGAAGGUUCUCAUGCCUGCUACUUCGAAGGUCACCAGAGCGCUUCUCGACGACGUUGUCGCGUGCCUAUGGAUCAUCAGCGAACUACUCCAAACAUCGGAACCCCUUGCCCGCCUUGCCGUGUCGUGUCUCAAGGGAAUACAGGCGGUGAACGGAAAGGGACCCCUAGACCGGACCAAGAUUAGGCAAUUCGAUCGGUACUCCCUCAUCGUCGGGAUGAUUGGGAAACACUGCAACCUGGAUAGCCACGAAGAACGGUUCAAGUCCGAGCCUAGCUUGCCGAAGUGGAAAGGUUCCGUUUCGAAACUUAUGGUGGAUGUUCUUGUUCCGUUUGCGAGCCCUUCCCAACCGACAGAUGUGAGACGUCCAGCACUAGAUGCCAUCGGGCUCAUCUGCCAGUCUAACCCUAGAAACUACGUUUCUGUCAAUGUAUAUACAACAUUCCAGCAGGCCUUCGACGAGCGGGUCCCGGCGUUGGAGUCAAUGAUCCUCCGAUCCUUCAAAGAGUUUCUUCUAGUAGAGGAACAGCGAUCGGAACAGGCGGCCUCGUCAGCGGCUGUCGGAAAGGAACCGGUCAAGAGGGAUUUGAAGGUUAUGGGCAGCACCAGUUUCGACGACGUGGCAAGUGCCACCACGCAACGGUUUCUCAAAGACAUUACGCGCAUAACCCUUGCAACCUACGACGACCACGCUUUUCUGGCCAUGGAGGUGUUGGCAAGCAUCAAUCGGCAAGGGUUGGUGCACCCGAAGGAGACUGGGGUCACGCUUAUCACCCUCGAAACUUGCCCGGUCCUCAAGAUCUCAGAGCUUGCGUACCACGAACAUAGAGCACUCCACGAGAAAUACGAGAGCGUUCUCGAGAGGGAAUACGCCAAAGCUAUUCAGUCAGCAUUCCAAUAUCAACGCGACAUCAUCAAGGACCCACGGGGCGCGACUGAGAACCCGUUCACGUCAAAACUCCACCAGCUUGUAGAAGUUCUCAAGAUUAGCAAAUCCAAGAAUCGUACCAGAUUCAUCGAGAAGCUUGUCGGUCAGAUAGACUUCGAUCCUGGGAAGCUACAGGUAGAUCAAGGGGUAUGCCCGCACGUCGAAUUUUCCCGCUUCAUAAUCGAGAACCUCGCCUUCUUUGAGUUCGUUACUGUUGGCGAGCUGCAAGUUACGGUGACAGCGAUGGAAAAGAUGGUAACUGGGACGGGAUCCGGCAUCGCCCAGACCAUCGAGUCUGAGAUUUUCCAGGUGCGCAUGGAUCCGGCCUCGAUCUCCCAGCAACUUGCAGGCGGCGAAGAGCAACCUCCGGCUCCUGAAAUACCUACCGUGGAUCAUCAACGGCUCGCUCAAUUGACGGCCGGCGCGUUAAUCCUGCUGGCUCUCUGGGAGGUCCGCACAUAUCUACGCCGAUUGUACGGACUCAGCUCUGGUCGGCGCGAGGGCAAGGGUAAAGGCGCCCCUAAGGACCUCACCAAGGCCCCCGUCAAAGUUCAAGGUGUUACCGGGGACAAGGUCUGGGACGACAUUGCCAAAAUCAUGUCCGCGUUAGAUACGCCAGAGCAUAUGAUGCAACAAUGCCGGACCUUUGUGGAACUUCUCAACGUGGACAGCGAAGUGAAAGUCGUAGACGAAGAGGAGGGAUUUGAGUUCGAAGGAGAGCCAACGACUCCAGAUGCGGAGGAGAACGAGGAUGCGGCUACACCUGACCCGCGCGGACGCAAGAGGAAGGCAGGAAAUCAUUCCAGCGGCCGGAGAAAGCGGGCACGAUCCAACUCAAAACCGCGACCCCGGGGCCGACCUAGAAAGCAAAGUGUGGAAGCGGUAGAGGCGGAUCUAGAUGGGGAGAUGGAAUGGAUCUAAUUACGGCAUUCAGCGAUACAGGCCUAAUUUCAACCGUGAUCAAACGGCUGUAGCUAUCGGAUGACGGCAUCGGUGCGAGGUACAAAGAACAAUAGAGAGAGGUAAUGGGGAUGCAUUGCUGCUCGGCGUAGCAGAAGCAAGAUCUGAAAAGCAUGGAAUCAGGCGUUUGAGGGGAGGGGAGGGGGCAGGGGGGAAAUCGACCCGAUCCCUAUGAUUUCACGGAGAACACGCUCACGAGGAUGUAGGCCCGUGGAGGGAGGCGAGAAUGGUGAAAUGGGUCGAUCUACCGGUUGCUUUGCCGCUUCGUUUUUCGCCUUCUUUUUCCUCAUUCCACAAUGAUACCUCGCUUCACGCACUGCUUGUUUUCUACCUACCCAUGUAUGCUAGAGGAGGAGGUGGCGUUGGCUGACAAUGCAGUGACGCGCUGCAAGCAGCAUCCAGUUGCACAGAGUAGGCAGCCAGCCAGGCCUACUUAGCUAACCAAUCGAGCUACCCUGAUAAUGGGGUUGAAUACCCGCACAGACAUGGCGAUUUCUUUUGGGACA